CGGGAAGGGUGGAGGACCCACGACGAUACGGCUCAGUCGACAUUUUUACCUUAUGUGCGCCGUUGGUUGUACAGGCGAGAAGUUCAAAAUACAAAAGACCAAAGGACAUUGAGACCCGGAGGAACGGGAUACGACGUAAGAGCGAUUCGAACACGUUGAGUAGCCGGGGAAAAUCUUUGCCAACCUAAUUCGCAAACACAAAUCCGACCCCGGAAAAAAAAUUUAACCCACCCCCUCUUCACGCCACAAAACCGAGUAGUUUGUCGAGAAAGGAGGAAUUUUUCGAGAGCAUGAAACGACCCCUGGCGCUGAUUUUGCCACCCGCCACAGCACCCCAAGCCGUUCUCAACCCUCUCGCCGCCGAAGCGAUGUACGAUCUCAAAUUCGAGGUAAGAUCUGAAAUGGUGGAACCAAUUGGAAAACGAUGGCGGGGAAGCGAGGUGCUUGGUGUUCCUGGAAACGGCGAGGCGAUGUCGCCGCAGAACAACCAUUCUGAGAACAACAACGAUGCCAAAAAAGCCAAAUUGGAUAAAACGCCGAACAAACCCUCCCGGGUCAUCCACAUCCGGAACGUGCCGAACGAGGUGACCGAAGCCGAGAUCAUCCACCUCGGGAUACCGUUCGGACGUGUGACCAAUGUGCUCGUCCUCAAGGGGAAGAAUCAGGCGUUCCUUGAGAUGGGCGAUGAGAUUUCUGCAUGUUCGAUGGUCCAGUACUACGCAAACUGCUUCGCACAGCUGCGCGCCCGCGCUGUCUACGUCCAGUUUUCAAACCACAAGGAGCUGAAGACGGACCAGAGCCACAGCAACGCGAACGCUUCUGCACAGGCGGCUUUGCAGGCAGCCCAGGCCCUCGUCGGCAGCCAGGAGACCCAAGGAGGACCAAGCACGGUGCUCAGGGCUGUCAUCGAGCACAUGAUCCACCCAGUCACUCUCGACAUCCUCUAUCAGAUCUUCUCAAUGUACGGAAAGGUCCUGAAGAUCGUCACUUUCACAAAGAACAAUGCGUUCCAAGUUUUGGUGCAGUACCAGGACGUGCUCGCGGCUCAGGCAGCCAAACUGAAACUUGACGGCCAACACAUCUACAACUCCGGCUGUACACUCCGCAUCGAAUAUUCGAAGCUAGCCUCCCUCAACGUCAAGUACAACAACGACAAGUCGCGCGACUACACAAACCCGUCACUACCCAACGGCGAAGGCGGUGUGGAACAGCCGGUCGUGAGCGACCAGCUCCUCCCUCAGAUCCUCCUCGGAGCAACAAACCCGAUUGCGAGGAGGUUCGACGCGAGGAUGACAGGUGACGAGAAGGAUAAUUUCAUGCCGUUCUUGAAUCACGAUCUUGUCCGAUUUCCAGGCGUGAUACCGCCGAAUCCUUUCGGACCACUUCACGGCCUCACGUCACCCUUGGGCGCUGCGUUCACAUCUGGGUCGCCGGUCGCAGAUCUGUGUACAGGACUCCCGUUGACCGCUGGGUUCACUCUUCCACCCAACGCGGCCACCCUCGUCCAGAACUCAAUGCGCCUCCCGGGCCAGCUGCCUUCGACCACAUGCGUCCUUCUCGUCAGUAACCUCAAUGAAGAGACGAUAACAACCGAUGCGCUGUUCACGCUAUUUGGUGUAUAUGGAGACGUUCAGCGUGUCAAGAUACUCUACAACAAGAAGGACACGGCGUUGAUCCAGAUGGCUGAGCCACACCAGGCUAAUUUAGCUAUGAUGCACCUUGACAAGGUGAAACUCCACAACAAGCUGAUGCGGGUCAUGAGCUCUAAGCACCAGACUGUCCAGCUGCCCAAGGAUGGCCAGCCUGACGCCGGCCUCACAAAGGACUACACAUCGAGCAACCUGCACAGGUUCAAGAAGCCGGGGUCAAAGAACUACCAGAACAUUUAUCCGCCCUCGUACACACUCCACUUAUCCAACAUACCCCCUAACAUGGAGGAGGAAGAUAUCAAGAACAUAUUCACAAACAACGGCUUCACUGUCCAAGGGUUCAGAUUCUUCCCGAAAGACAGGAAAAUGGCCCUCCUUGAGCUCCCAUCCAUUGAAGUCGCCAUCGAAGCGCUGAUCAAAAUGCACAACCACCAGCUGAGCGAGCAGAACCACCUCAGGGUCUCAUUUUCCAAGUCGAAUAUCCAGUCUCCAGUCCGCUAGAUCAACAGUGAAUCGGGGGAGGGGGGAAAAUGUCUACCUCAACAGAUAGAAACUGACAAGAAACACAGACGGCGAGAGACAACAAAGAAUCUUGAAAAAAAAAAAUAUGAUCACAGA